AUGCACAGCAACCGAGCACACCACCUGCUGGAACAGGUUCCUCUCACAGUCUCGCCAUUCGUCUCCCUCCCAUCCGCCACCACCCUCUCGUACAACUACAAAACGAUGCCUUCCAACAUCCCCCCCUCGCCAUUGGGCAUUCCCAAUGCGUCAGAUGACCCCUCCUCACAGCCGAAAGCCAAGUACGUGGUAUCAAACUCCGGCCAUGCUGCGCACCCCGACGAUAUCAUUGCAUCGUGCCGCGCACUGCAAGCACACAUUACAAAAAUGCAGGAAGAUGCGGAAAAGGACCUGAGAGAGCUCGAGGAGCGGAUCAGGGAGCGGGAGCUGGCGGAGAAGAGACGCCUGGCGCCGGGAUGGCUGGAUAGCGAUGCCCGACUGUUGGAGCCUGAGAGAUCCGGGCCGGGCCAUCAAGUCGAGCCAAGCCCGCCGACAUCUACAGGGCAGAGCGACCAAGGCGGAAGUGGAGAUAUAUCCAGCGAUGAAGGCGCUCAGCUUGAUCGAGCUUUUGGGGAUAUGGCGUUGAGGUAG